GGAAGUGGUACGGCCGCUUCCCUCGCAGGGAGCCACCUCCUCUCGCCUGUGGCGCUGCAGUUCAGGAAGGAACUUCCUCUGGGGCGUCAGGACUGAACCAACUGGGAAGAGGAGGAGCAAACGCGCGCCAUUUCCACAUCUGCGCUUGCGUCGCUGAGACUUGGCGGCAGAUUUCGUAUUUCGAGGAAGUGGCGCUGCUGCUGCUGCUGAGGCGCAGCUAUGGAGACCGGUCAGUCUUUCGACUCCCUUCUGGGGAGUUUAUCUCCUUUCCGUGGCUCAUAUGCGCUUUCCGUGCUCGUCUUUCCGCCGGCUGCCUGUCCCUGAGGCGGUUGUCGCCCUCCUUGCUCUCCUCCUUCCAACCCCUGAAAAAGCCCUUAGACAAGCGGGGACGAAGUCAGAGGAAGGGCGACAUUUGAGGUCCAGUGCAGGGCCAGCGAAGCAUGACCUUUUCAUAUAUGGUUGCUGUAUAUUCGCUCCCAAGGGAUUUGGACGCUUGUGGGGUUUUGUGCAUCGGGUGCCAUGUACUUUGGCCAGACAUGGGUAGGCAGCAAAAUGUCUGGGGCUGGACCUGGGUCGAGGACAUGGGCGUAGCUAAGGGAGGGGGGCAGGAAGGGCAAUUGAACACGCCCCCCCCUUAGAUCCACCAAAAUUAUUGAAGUAUUCAGUUGAGGGUCUGCUCCUCCCCCCCGCAGAUGCCUGCCCCCCUAACGAAAGCUUGCUCCUCAUAAUGUCCUCCUUUAGGAGGGUGUUUUUACCCGUGACCUGCCUCCCAAAAAAUGCUCAACAACUUUAGGUGGCUAUCUCCUUUAAAAAGCCCAUGUUCCAGGGGGAUUUACUUAAGAAAGUAGGAACAGGCAUUAUACUGACUAGUGAUCCAUCUAGCUCAGUGUUGUUCACACUGACUGGCAGCAGCUCUCCAGGGGGACAUUUCCAGUCCUACCUGCAAAUGCCAGGGACAGAACCCUCUGCAUACGAAACAGUUGUUCUGCCACUGGGAGGGAGGGAGGGUCAAGGAGAGUCGCUCUUGGGCAGUUCGUUUUUGGCUGCACCCACCCAUGCAAUUUGGUUAAGUGCAAUCCUAAACAUGCUUACUCAGAAGAAGGAACUAAUUGAGGCACAGGCUGAUUAGAGGUAUGUAUACUUACUUGUGAGCCCUACAAAGGUGUGUGGUUUUUUUGGAUGAGGGUAGGGUACUUCCAGGUAAAUGUAUGCGUGCUGUUAGACCGUUGGACAGCGUGAUGAAACAUAUUUUUGGAAAUCAGUCCAGCCUUUAACAUUUUAAGAGGAGGAAGCCCCAGGUGACCAUUUUAGUUGCCCGAUUCUACAUCAGUUCCAUAUACUGUAUCCUUUUCAGUUUCAACAGCCAUUUGGGAUCUUAUUAAUUUAUAUGUUUGGGAUUUGUCCCAAUGUGCAUAAAUUUACACUUGCAUUGACUCUUCCUCAGGAAUUCUGUUGCCAGUUUGCCCAGUUUCAAGAUGUGCUUUUUAAGAACUCUUAAUAGUUUGCUGUCAUCCUCAAGUUCAGCUGCUUCACUUCUUAUCUGUAACUCCUGAUAAUUAUUGAAUGAAUUAAAUAGUCGCAAUACAUUCUUGUGAGAUCACUGCUUACUGCCUUCCAUUGUGAAAAUACCUAUCCUCUACUUCUUGAAUGUCUUUUAUCAGAGGAUCUUCAGAGAGACCCUUGUCUGCUGUAUGUUAACAAUAGUUUUAAUACAGUGGUACCUCGGGUUAAGAACUUAAUUUGUUCUGGAGGUCCGUUCUUAACCUGAAACUGUUCUUAACCUGAGGUACCACUUUGGCUAAUGGGGCCUCCCGCUGCCACCGCCACGCGAUUUCUGUUCUCAUCCUGAAGCAAAGUUCUUAACCCGAGGUACUAUUUCUGGGUUAGCAGAGUCUGUAACUGAAGCGUCUGUAACCCGAGGUACCACUGUAUUGCUGCAUGCUAGUUAUCAGGCUGAUGUGCUUUAGUGUAAUUUUUGGCUUCCCACUCCCUAUCUGUUGUUGGAAAACUGAGGAAUUCCAUCGAGUCCUAAUCAAGUAUUGAAUUUUAGAUGUGACAAUUAACACAAUCCUUUGUUGUUUCUAUGUACAUUAACUUUGUUUUAGAAGCCUUUUAUGUAAUCAGUGGUUCAUGUGUGGACAUGCUAAGGUUACUCAUUUUCCACAAAUGCAUAGGAACAGUUUUUUGUAUUUGAAAUAAUGUAACAUAACUUCCAGACAAUUUGUUUCAAAUAUAUUCUUGUUUAGCAAGGAUAAACAUGGCUUCUGCAAAGAGAAAUUUUGUUUCCCUGUCUUUUUUUUUAAUAUGCCAUUGCUUGACAUUAUUAACCAGACGCUGUGCAGUUCAACUUUAGAAACUUGUGACAGUCCCACCAAGAAUCCUGAUUAAAAAAAUUAAAAUGCAGGAAUAAUAUUUAUUCCUAUAGUACUGUAAAACAGACUUCUAAUACUGUAUAACACUUUGAUUGAAAUCAAAUGUGUUUUACUGUAGCAUGAUCAGAUUUGUUCCUAUGCACUUUUUUCUAACGUGAAGGGAUUAUGGUAGCUGAUGAUGAUACAACAACAACAAAAACUUUUAUACCCUGACCAUCUGGCUGGGUUUCCCCAGCCAUUCUGGGUGGCUCCCAGAAGAAUAGUAAAAACACAAUAAAACAUCAAACAUUAAAAACUUCCCUAAACAGGGCUGCCUUCAGAUAUCUUCUAAAUGUCAUAUAGUUUUUUAUUUUCUUGACAUCUGAUGGGAGGGCUUUCCAAAGAGCAGGCGCCACUGCCGAGAAGGCCCUCUGCCUGGUUCCCUGUAACUUUGCUUCUCGCAGUGAGGGAACCAGCAAAGACCCCCAGAGGAGGGCCUCAGUGUCCGGGCUGAGUGAUGAGGGUGACGAUGCUCCUUCAGGUAUACUGGGCUGAGGCCAUUUAGGGCUUGAAAGGUCAGCACCAGCAUUUUGAAUUGUGCUCAGAAAUGCACUGGGAGCCAAUGAAGAUCCUUUAGGACCGGUGUUAUAUGGUCCCGGCGGCCACUCCAGUCACCAGUCUAGCUGCCACAUUCUGGAUUAGUUGUAGUAUCCGGGUCACCUUCAAAGGUAGCCCCAUGUAGAACGCAUUGCAGUAGUCCAAGCGGGAGGUAACUAAGAGCAUGUACCACUCUGGUGACACAGUCUGCGAGCAGGUAGGGUCUCAGCCUGUGUACCAGAUGGAGCUGGUAGACAGCUGUCCUGGACACAGAACUGACCUGCACCUCCAUGGACACCUGUGAGUUCAUUCAUAUAAGUUUUGUGUGAAAUUCUUCCUCAAGCCACAAUGGCUCAAGUUUGCAAGUAAGUCAAACCCAAACUGUAGCCACUGUGCUCUUCUCUUGGUCCACUUCCUGCUGCACUAUGAAGACCUAAGCCAUGGUUCAGUUUGGCAUUAAGUCUGACCCUGGGCUCAUGGCUUGUCUUGCUCCAGACAAAUCAUGAGCUGUAGCCAAGGUUUGUUCUUGGCUUCCUACUCAUCAUUGUUUGUCUAGGGAAGGCAAACUACAACCCUGGGUUGGGAUGUACGCUUAGCCAGACCGUAUCUUAGGUCUGGGUAGCCGAGCAGCAGGACUGUGGAAGGAGUUAACUGAGCACAAUUUCUGCUGCUAAGUACCCACAUAGUCUGCACUUAAAAUGUGCUUGGCUGAAGGUUAAAUGCACUGAGGCAUCACUUGAUGGAAUUUUCCCCUUAUCUGGACAACAUUUCUUCCUCCCAUAAGGUCAGAUCUGUGACUGCAAAUUGAAGUAGCUACAAAAUAUUUAGCAUUACAGUGGUACCUUGGUUUACAAACAUCUCGGGUUACAAACACUUCGGGUUACAGACUCCGCUAACCCGGAAGUAGUACCUCGGGUUAAGAACCUGAAUGCCAAUUUUCUUGUUUUAAUUCAACCUGGUCAUUUUAGAUGAUAAAUUUAGUGGAACUGAUGCCAAUCAAAAAGUUGAGCAAGACAUAAAUAUUUUUAUUGCAAAUGCUGCAUUAGUUGUGUGUUAUCAGAUAAUACUUGAAGCCAAACACAAAGAACUAGAAUUCAUUGCAAAUAUGAUACAGAUUUUGAGAAUACUGUAAUAUUAUUUUGCAGGUUUAUUUAACAACACCAGUGAUAUUAUGGAUAAGAAAAAUGUUACUACAUCUCCAAAGAAGCCAUCUUUCUUUGAAAUAUUCAAAGCGCAAUGUAGUGAAUCAGGUACCUCGGGCAUUUAUUAUGGUGCUGUGAACAAUUCUUUUCAAUAAGUUAUGGGCUUGAUUAGAGCUUUUCCCGCAACAAGUAGAAGGCUGCCCAUGCAACCAAUCUUUCCCCUACUCUCUUAACCCCUUACCCCAAAAGGACUUACUGAAUACUGUAAUUGUAUCAUGUGGGGCUACAGGGGAGUGAGGAUUUGAGUAUGAAGGAAUUCUCUUUCAAUCUAGGUUGCAUGUUAAAUUUUGAGCUAGUAUACCCCUGUCUUUCCACCUGAUCAGCAGCUGGAAUAAGUAGGGGGUUUGCUUCUUCAACUUCUCCUGCCUGCCUUUGUCCUGUCCUGGCUACCUUAUGCUGACAGAAUCUUGGGUAAAACAUAUGAGAAGCCAGAAUUUAACAGGAUUGUGUUGGCAGGCCUGAGAUUGUGGGGAGAGGCUGUUUUCCUGCAAAGUGGGGGUUGAGAAUUGGUUACAUAAUACUGUCUCAGGCUGUGCCUCCACUUUUUUGACAAGUUCAAAAUAAUGGUAUAUGGUCAUUCCAUAGUAACUUUUUCUUACAAGUGGGGUUAUAACCUAGGGCACGGUAUCCUGCAUAAUAUAUUCAUUUUCUUAGAUUUAGGACCAAUAAGUAUCAACUGGUUUGAAGACCUCAGUUCAGAAGCUCCACUGUAUAACUCUAAAAGACCAGAAGAACCUGAACAUAAAACUAGUGACCUGGACCAAAGUAAUUUUAAAACACCACAAAGGAAGCUGCCAGCAAAAAACCAAUUUGCAUCAACUCCAAUGAUAUUUAACGAACCAAAUAAAUCUGUGCCAUUUGUUUCUCCUAUACAAGAAUUGGGUCAGAGCAAAGCAGAAGCAGGUGAGAAUUUUUAAAUGAAAGAUAUAGAAAUGUGAAGAUUGGAUUUAUUGCUAUAGUAUGGUAAUGUCCACUCUUUUGUCCCCUCCACCAAAUAAGUGAGCUGUUUAAAAAAUAUUUUGUUCACUGCUUUGAAUUUUGAAAAUAGUGGCUUAUAAAUAUUCACUUGGUUGUUUUCAUGAGAUGAUGGCUAACAUUAUCACACUUAAUGUUUUUCAGUGCUAAAUGGAAGUUUCCUUCAUACACCCAAAAUUUUUGAGGUACUUCCCUUUUUCUCCGAUUUUCUAGCUGUUGAAAUGAAGUUACUUCAGGUUUUUUGUUUUUUUUUUACAAAAAAGAACAAUUUUUAUAUAUUUUAGGUUCAGACACCAAAAUCUGUUUUUGAAAGCUUAGGAGCAGAAGCUGAUCCUGAGAUGACUUGGUCAAGUUCAUUAGCAACGCCUCCUACACUUUCUCCAACAGUCAUAAUAGGUAAUGAUAGCAAUGUGACUAUGUCAAAAAUAUUUUGCUGUUUAAAUGCUGUGCUAGGGAACUGAGUUUUUAUGUUAAGAUCAUAUCAGUGAACUCUAAUGAGUUGCAUAAUUGAUUACAAAUUAUUUAUAUUUGAUAUUUCAGCUAGAGGAAAUCAUUCGGUUUCUGGAACAAAGCAGCAUAAUGAAAGAAUUGAGUUGGUGAGUGGCUUUAAGGGUUAGAAUAUGUCAAAAUAGGCAACUUUUGGAAUAACCUUCAUGUCCACAGCUAAUUUGUAAUUUAUAUAUGUUAAUAUCCCCUUUUUGUGUUCAGGUCAUGCAUAGUCUCAUCUCCAAAUACGGUAGAAGUCCCAAGACAGAUAGUAUGCAUGUGCAGUCCACAUCAGGAACAGAAGAUGUAUGUGCAGAAACUGACAGCAAAAUCCACAGUGAGCAUUGGUUGAUUACUAUUUUUUACUGUUUAAUAACUAUUUGUAUUUUAUUAUUUGGGUAGUUCUAGAAUAUGUCUACCCAUUUAACUAUAUCGUACCUAGUGCAGACAACAACAACUAUGACAACUCACUGAAAUAAAAGUCCACUGAAACUUAAUACAAAUACCUUUGCAUGCAUAUCACAUAUAUUAUUCAAUAAAGAAAAAAAUUAACAAAAUUAAAGGUUCAGUUCUUUCCACCCAGUGCUGAUAGAUGAGGUAAGAUAAGAAUGGUGUGUAGGCACCUCUCCACUCAUAUGAAGGGUUUGUAUGAAAUGUUAUCCCAAUGAAAUGUUACUGUUUACUGCAUUUUCAAAUUCUCCCAAGUUUCAAAAGUUUCAAAAGCAGUCUGUAAACUGCAAUAGGGGACUACUGUUUGAGAAAAAUAAGUCGUAGGGUGUGUGUAUAUGUGUGUUUAAUAUACACACAUGCACAUCUGCACUAAUCCAGUUCUAACACUGCUUCAAAAUAAAUAAUUUAAUACAUAUAUUGGAAUACAUGUUAUAAAUGAAAUGUGGGAUUAGAGCCCUUCAUAAAAUAUUGCUUUCUCAUGUUCAUGGUUUUUUAUUUACAGAUUUUGAAAGGUUAUUAGCUGGAUCCUUUGUUAAGAACAUAUUUCCCAGUAAAUUAGGAGAAGAUUAUAUGCUACCAAAUGUACCAAUGGAUGAAGAUACGAAUGAUGGAACAGAGAAUGAUCUGUCUGAAUGCCUUGCAAGCAGCAAAGCCUUUCUAAGAAAACCAAAGAGAGUCAAGGAAAGUAAGACAUGUUCUGAUAAAACAAAACGUGAAUAUCAAGAAACUGAUGAAGACAAAAUUAUAACAAAAUAUGGAAAUUCCACCAAAUGUCACCUGCAGACUAUUCCAAAUAAUGGAAUGCAAAAGCACUCUGUGAAUCAGAAUAGCAUUCCGAAAGAAGAGGAAUUACCAUCAUCUUUGCGUUGCUCAUGGUCUCAGCUGGACUUAUCUGGACUUGACAUAACACAGCUUGAAAAAACGUCCUCACACUGUUCUGAUUCAUCUCCUAUGUCACAUAUCAAGAAGUGUUCUGAAGAUAGGCAACUAUCUGUUGGCAAAGAGUGUGCUAGUACUGAAAUGCUAGAAUCGUGUAUUCAAAACACAUCAUGCCUAAUAAAGGGUAACAAGCUGCUAAACACCAGUUCUCUGGAAAUAAUACCACUGCCUGAAAACACUCCAUUGCCUGUUGCGAUUAUGAGCAAUAAGAGCCCAACGCUGGUGAAAGAUUGUGAGGCUGAGCUGGCAUCUGUCAUAAAUGUUUCAGACAGUAGUUCCUUCAUAAUGGAAAACACAACUUUUACAGAAGCUGAUAAUAGUUGCUGUAAUUACUCAAGAGAAAAUGGAAAAAAGAACUAUGAUCCUCUAGAUAGUGUUUCUACCCAAGCUGCUGCUGAUGUUAGUGGACUUACAAGGGCGGGGUUGAAAAGUAUGACCUCACUUUCUCGUUUGAAAAAACGACCUAAAAAAUUUAUUUAUACAAUAAAUAAUACCCCAGUUCACCGGGAAGAAGGAACCACAAAGAGAGAUGGCUCCUCUGCUUGCCUUGUGCCAACUUGUGCAGAUUUAAAAUCUUACGACUCUGAAAUUUCUGCAACAGUCAUAAGAAAUGAAGGUAGAUUUGUAUUUUUUCACCCUGUGGUUUUUAAAAAAUCAAAAUCUUAAACUUCCAUUCCUGUACUUACUAUAGCUAUGUUUUUGCUAUGAACUAGACAGUCAUGUUCACUGCAUUGAAAAGGCCCACUAAAUUAAUAUAUUUGCAUUUGUGGAUUAUAUAUUGCUGAAGUUAAGUGUUUACCAUGGCAAGUAUAUGGGAUUCUCACAUAAGUGGUAGCAAAUGCUGCAUGAAAAGAACAUGAAUGGGGAAGAGACACAUGCUGAGGGAAGGAAAAGAAGGAAGGCAACACGGAAAAAGAUGGUGGGUAAUAAUGUGAGGGAAGACAGUCUUACGAUUUGAGAGGCUUCAGUGGGAAAAAAGAAGCAGGUUGGAGCUCAUGAUGAUUUCCAGCUGUAGCCUAAAGCAGCUCCCUUUUUUCUCUGGACAUUCCAUUGCAAGGCCACGUGGCUGCAAGUUUAAAGUUAACUUCCAUAACUAGUAGUGACUCCUUUAUUAUCAUUUAUUGAAAGAAAUGUUUUUGUUAUAUCAUCAGGUCUUUUGGCUUGAUUUCUUGAAGUGGCCUUGUAGUCAGAAAGUAAAAGUGUGCAUUUUGUUCAGCAAUCACAGCUGAUAAAAAAACAGGUUAAACAAACUGCUUAAGCAGAGCCAUUUUGUUGGUAAUUUAUUAUGUCAAAAGUUAGAGUUGUUUAAAAAAGGGGGGGAAAUUAAAUGUCUCAAAUGCAUAGAAAAAGUAUUUAGUAAUUCCUCCGAUAACAGCAAUAUUGAAUGCAAAAGCACAAAGUAUUAACUGCAGCAUACUUUAUUGUGGUUACGAGACAUUCUGAAAAUGGAUACACUAGUACAUUUUCUAGUACACUAGACUAAACACAAAAGCUGGUGAGAGAGAGAAUUUUUAAAAAAAAAAAUGGUGCCAUUCCAACUAACAUUACUAUCAUGGUUCAAUUUCUUACAGAACGAAAGGAAGACAUUAUGCACGCUAACAAACACAUACUUGAAGAGAAACAGCAAGUAGAGUCUGAUAAAAACUGCAUUCUUAGUAACAUUUCCCAUGAAGCUCCACUCAGUUACACAGAACGUAAUUUUACAGAUCAGUUGUCAAUACUUCAACAGACAGACAACAGAAAAGGAACAAUUAUGCCUUCUAGUAAUAUAUCUGCUAAUCAAGAAACAGAGUCAAGUGAAAGCAUGUCCCAUUCAGUUGGUCAAAAGAUAAAUUUACAAAGAGAACAUGGUGAAAGAUGCGUCAGUCUUAGAUGUUUCAGUUCAUUGCAAGAAGCGGUGAUGGAGGAAUCUACAUUGGGAAUACAUGCAUCAAAAACUGGAAACCAACAAGCAAUCUUGGAAUCAGCUACACAAAAGUUUUUGGCAAGUGGCACUCAGGUGGCUGAACUUGGGUCUCAAUCAAAGGAAACGCCAAAACCUACUGUAGAUGAAUCUUUUAAGCUUAUAGCAUUGGAGAAAAAGUUAGACCCAAGCCAGCAUCUACAAGUAGACUUAGCAGGAAAUGCUGAAGAUAGUGAGCAGAGCUGGUUAGGAGGUAUAAGUCCUAGCAGAACUGAAAAGUUGGGUGGCUUCAGAACAGCAUCCAAUAAACAGAUAGCACUGUCUGAUUGCAACAUUAGAAAAGGCAAGUUAUUGUUCAAAGACAUAGAAGAUAAAUUUAUUGAAGAUUUUCCUAGUGAAGGAAUGCAAAAUAUUUCAAAUGAAAAUGCACAGAGAAGUGCUGAGAUAUCUUCACUUGGAAUGAACAAACUGACUGAAAAUUCAUCUAAUUUUUCACAUGUUUCUGAUCUGCUGGGUAUUCAGAUGAAUGAUGCCCACAUUAUUUUCCCCAAGUGUGCCAAUUCUGCUUUCCAUAAUGUGCUUAGUAAUCAACAUCCUGAAGGAAAACUAAAUUUAACAGCAAGCCAAGAAGCUGAAGUUACUGAAAUUUCUAAUAUACUAGAAGAAACGGGUAGUCAGUUUGAAUUUACACAGUUCAAAAAGCAUAAGAUGGUGGCAUUCAGUAAUGCUGAUGAGAUGUCUGGAAGCUUUGAUAAAAAUGAUACAUGUGCUGAAGUUUGGAAAGAAAAUGAUUUUGAGAAAAGCUCUGAAGAAAAGGUUCAAAGAGGCCAUGAUCUGUCUCCCAAUAAACAUAUAGGCACAGCUGAGAAAUCUAAGAUACAGGUACAAAGUAGUGAAGAAGCUACAUCCAUUAAUUCAAGCACAAUACAGAACAAUAUUUUUGUCCCAAUUGUUUCAGCACCAUCACAAUUCAAUUUGUCUGAUCUGGGGAGCUGUAGUGCAGCUGGGGGCAAAGAGAUGAGCUUAUAUGUUGAUGCUAUAAAGAAAACUACAAAAUUAGUCGGCGAUCUGGAUGGAGUGAACAAAAUGCUUAGCCCUCACCAAAAAAUAUUGCUAUGCGAUUGUUCAAAUAGGUGCAACAAUAGUUGGAGUAAUCCCAACUGCAUGAAAGAGAGAGAGAUUGAUUGGCAUCAGAGGGUCAAAGAAGUAAAUGCUGAAUAUUUGAUGAAAAAGAAUACAAAAGAUACAAUUAAAUUUGUCAAAGAAAAUACAGAAAGUAAGUCAAAAAUUGUAAAUUAUAAUGAAGGCAGAGUUCAGAUUUCUAGUACUACAGAAGUUAACCUAAAAAUUAUUAAAAAAUACUCCGUCUGUAUGACAGGAAAUGAACUGUCUUCCUUUGAAAAUAAUCAAAGUGUAUUAGUCUCACAUCACUUUGUAAACUGUGAAGAAACUCAGUGUAAUUAUAAUUUGCAAGAAGCUUUGUCGGAUCUAACAUGUUUAGCUGAAGUUGCUAAGACUGAAAAAAGAUCCACCUUGAAUAAUGCAUAUGGAAAAGAAAACUGUAAUUUAAAUCAAGAGGGGGAAAGGGUGAGCAAUCUAGAAAGUGGUUUUCUACAGAGAUUUCACACUGUUGCUGAUGGGAACAUAUUUGCAGGGAAAAGUAAAAAGCUUCAUUUGUUGGCUGCCUCCUGUACAAGAGAAGAACUAGAGACUAUGCCAACUUCCAGUGGGAAGACAAGCCCUAAAAGCAAAAAGGGAGAUCUCAGUUCUGUAAAAGAGAAUAUUAACUUAAGUGAAACUGAAAGGUCCAACCAUCAAGAAAUCUCUGAAAUCAGAAAAGAGAAGCAGAUUAUUGCAAUGGGUUUUCAUACAGCUAGUGGUAAGCAAAUUACAAUUGCUAAUGAAUCAUUAGCUAAAGCAAAGCAUCUUCUUUCAGAAGAUGAAACUGUUUUUCCAGAAAUGGAGGAAGAGGUUAGUAAUUUUACCAAGCCUAUAAUUCAGGAAAAAAGAAAUGAGAAAAUUACCAAAGUUAGCAAGGAAUUUGAAGAAGGAAAUGAAAAACAUGAAUAUCUGUAUCCUGAAGAUCUUCCAGAUUUGUCCUCAAACACUAUUAAGAAGACUGAGGAUCUUGACACUAUUAAAGAACUUUCUUCAGAGAUGAAUGCAUCUGAAUCAGAUUUAGUAUCUCAUACUAGAGGGGAGAAAGUGAACAAAGGCUUGUUGACAAAGAAUAAUCUGGCAUGUACAAAAAGCAAAAAUAUUUCAAAAAUGGAAUUUAUUGACUCUGCUAUUGAUCAGCAUUUGCCUGGUGAAGGGUCAGAUAUUAGUGCAAUGCAAGGUUUUCAGGACUUGUCAUCUAGAAAUACUGGCAAUAAUAAAAGCCUUGAUUCCUCAAACCUAAUUUGCAGUAUCACUUCAAAGGCUAGUACCUCUGAUUUAAAGAGUGAAGAUUCUUUGCUCAACCAUUUACCAGAUGAAUGUCAUAAGAAAAAUUAUGUGUCAGAGAAUUUAACUUGUAUUUCUCAAGAAGCAGCACCAUCAAAAAAUGUGUUUGCUGACAAUAAUGUUCACACUUACGAUGAAACUUGUAAAAAUGAGAGUAGCAUGAUACAGAAAUGUGACUUAAGAUUGUUCAGUACCAACGUCUUGCAGAAAUAUUCAGCCAGUGAAGCAUCAACUUCGACUUCAAAACACCUGAAGGCUAAGCCAGUUGCAUUCAAUACAGCAAGUGGUAAAGCUGUUGAAGUUUCUCAGGAAGCAUUAAAAAAAGCCAGGCAAGUGCUUCAUGAAGUCUGCUAUAAAUCUGUAGAAAAGAACAUGGAAUCUCAACCUAAAACAAAUAAACAGGACCUUUUAGAAAGCUGUUCUGAUACCUGUGGCACUGGAGUGUGUAUCGAUUCUAAUAACUACUCAUCUGCAGAGAACAAUCCAGUGGAAAAUAUAAUUGCACCUCAGUUUUCUCGAGCCAAAGAGUGCUGUGCAGAUGAGCGCACAUUAAAGUAUACUGAAUCUAUGACCUUGAACACUCACCCUGAGUUAUGCUUUCAAAUGCAUAAUAAGCAAUCUGAUACAUGGACUCCCAGCAAACAGAAGUGUAUCAAGUCAGAUUUUAUUACUGAUAACUCUGGGUUUUUUAGCACAGCUAGUGGAAAACCUGUCCAGUUAUCUGAAGAGUCAUUAAAGAAAGCAAGACUGCUUUUUUCUGAAAUGGAAAAUAAUUCAUCAGAUCACCCCAGUCAUGUCUCUAACUGUGAUUAUAGUUAUGGGGAAGUAUCUUCUCCUGGGAGCAAAGAAGCUCCAAAGAAAGACACAAUACUUGUAUCUCAAGGGGAAAGAUUUUCAAAUACUGAAGCGAAUGCAAAUAUUCCCUGUGGCUUUGCCACAGCAAGUGGAAAACAAGUACAAAUUUCUCAAAAGGCUCUCCAGAAAGUUAUGGGUCUCUUAAAAGAAUUUGAUGAUGUUAGUAGUAAUAGUUUUUCUGAUGCUCAACGGAGUGUGGGGCAAGGUCCUAUAAAAGUUCUUGCUACAGAGGCCAUAGAGCAGGAUGAAGUUAUUUCAGAGUCUAAACCACAAAUGAAUUAUAAAGCACUUCAUUCAGCCACAAGUACACCUAAUGAAAAUAAGAUUAUAAAAAACCCAUUGAGCAUUAAAAUACCUGUGUGCAAGUCUCAUACUAAGAAGCAAAAAGAAAUAUCUGAGUUAGAAGAAAACUUUACAUGUUCAAAAGAAAUUGAGGCUUUGAAGAUAACCCAACCAUGCCGGAGUAGAAGCAAAACUAAAUGUGCAGCAAAUUGUGGUACUGCAACAGAAGGAAAUCUGGAUCCUCAAUGUCGUCAUUAUGCACAAACUCCGGAAAAUUACUUGGAAAUAGAAGCUACAGAAAGUGCCAAAGCUUUCAUGGAAGAUGAUGAACUUCCUGAUGCAGAAGUACAGAAAAAUAAAAAUUCCAUAUUGAGUUUUGAGAAACCUAAUAAUUUUCUGUCAUAUACAAGAACUGGAAAAAGGCACAUGAAAGAAGAAAACACUUUUGGUAGGUGGCUGUUUUGUUUUUUCAAAAAACUGUUCCUGUACAUUUACUGAGUUGCACUGCGAUUGAUCUCAGUUUAGUUUACUUUGAAUGAAUUAGCAGGGAGCGAGACAUCUUAGAAAAUCCAUGGUCUCGGUCUCAGAUUUGCCAAGAUAUUGGCAGCAUUGGCGUGUCACUGCAAGCCACAGUUAAUGGGCUGCCAUGAAUGUAGUUUGCUCCUGCUUUGCUGCUUCCUGAUAGUGAGUGGGAGCAACCUACUGUGAUCCUCGAUUUAGCAUUAAAUCUAAACUCGGAUUGUGUUUGAUUUGAUUCCAGGCCCGAGCAUUAAGCCAACGCCAUAUCUUAGCUUUAGAGUGUGGCUUGUUCAGAGUGAAACAAACCAUGAUUCCUGGUUUUGAUGUAAGUAGUGCUAAAUCAAAGAUCACUGAGAGUUGCUCCUGCUCACUGGUGGACAGAAGUGGGAGUAAUAUGCAUGGUCAUAGUAAACCAUUAACAAUGGGUUAAAGUGCACCCAAUUAGAAUAUAGGGUCGAGGUACUUGUCAGCCAGGAUUAAUGGGAGCAAGGGGUGCAUAACCAAUCACAUACUUAAGUGAUUAUUUUCUCCAAAUUCUCCCACCCUCAUUUGCUUGUUAGGUAGAAUCACUACCAGUUUUAGAUUCUAGCUGUUAAGAGAAAAAGCUUUGAGGAAGGGCAUUUGCAGAGAAGUUACAAAGAGAAGUGCUGAACAACCCCAUGCUACUCACUGAUUCUCAUCUACAAAUGCUUCCCAAACUCCACACAAGAUUUGCAAGGGAAAUGGGGGAUUGGGAAAGCGAUUUGCAUACCUAUCAGGACUGCAGUCUUUGUAAAGUUUUUGUUCCUUUGAGAUUUAAUGUGAAACAGUCUUACAUUUCUUAUGCAAACUUACAAGGUUAUACUAGUAAAGGUAAAGGGACCCCUGACCAUUAGGUGCAGUCGUGACCGACUCUGGGGUUGCGGCGCUCAUCUCGCUUUAUUGGCCGAGGGAGCCGGCGUACAACUUCUGGGUCAUAUGGCCAGCAUGACUAAGCCGCUUCUAGCGAACCAGAGCAGCACACGGAAACGCCGUUUACCUUCCCACCGGAGCAGUACCUAUUGAUCUACUUGCACUUUGAUGUGCUUUCGAACUGCUAGGUUGGCAGGAGCAGGGACCGAGCUCACCCCGUUGCGGGGAUUUGAACCGCGACCUUCUGAUUGGCAAGUCCUAGGCUCUGUGAUUUAACCCACAGCGCCACCCACGUCCCCUUAUACAAAUAAGCCCUAUACAAAUUGUGUAAAAUAAAACUUUUAUGUCCAUGAUUUUGAAAAAGUUAUUAGUAGUCAUUGUAUACCUCUUCAAAAAUAUUUUGAAGAUUACCGUAGGUUUUACAUAUGCAUCAAAACACCAGCAUGGAGUUUAGAUCCCAGUAAUACAGGGCUAGCAUAUUCACUAAAAUCAUGAAAAUGUACCAACUGAAUGAUACUUUUGGCAAUGACUGCCAAUACCACUAGGAUCAUUUUUCAGAUCAGAGUAACCAAGGGACUUACAAAAGCUUUCAUUUGCUAAAAUAUUCAAGAGGCAUUGCUUGAGAGUUUGAAUUACACUUGAGAAAUUUUCUGAGGAAUGUACUGCAGUGAUGUAGUCAGAAUCAGUAAGGGCUAGGCCCUUUAAAAUAUUUAAAAAUGCUCUAUGACAUUUGCUUUUCAGGGGAACCUCCUAUUAAAAGAAAAUUGCUACCUGAAUUUGAGCGGUCAGAAGAGCGCAACAAAGCAUCUUUGAAACCUUCAAAAAGUUAUCCGGAGGGUAAUCUUUACAUUUCAUGAUUUCUUCAGUUAAUCAGAAGUAUUGUAUUUGUAGUUUUCCUUUGCCUUUUAUAAUUCAAACAUUUCAACAUAUAAUUAAAUUUUCUCAAGGUCAAUGUAAGAAUCCUAUUUUGCAUAUUGACCUCAUCCUCAUGAAAUUACAUGCCUUAUUGUGUGUAUAUGGUAUACAAAUGCUGCUUAAGAUUUAUAAUCCACAUUUCAGUUAUUCCGGAUGCUUCAUACUGAUAAAUUCAGCUAUUAUAAAGCAGUUUAUCAUUGAAGUUUACCAGAUCACUGCUGCAUAUUUGCCCCUGCAGCUUAUUACAGGCAGGUGAAUUUAAAACAAUACCAUUUGUGUGCCCUUGAUGCAGUAAAAUAAAUAUUGAUUGACACUUUUUUCUGCAGAGAGAACUGUGUAGACCUGGCAAGUGCAGUUUUCAUAUGGAUGAAAUUUCUUACUUUACACAAUGAUUAAAAGUGCAGGGACUCUUCCUGCCUUUGCAUUUAACUCUUACAGUACUUUUGAGAAGUGAAUAGAGUUCCAGUAACAACGCUAUUUCCCCCAGUAUUUUUAAUAUGGAUGCAAAAACGAUAUCUGUUAGUUUCUAUUUCAAUAAAUUAUAUUUUUCACCAGUAUACAAAUAUAGAAAUCUAAAAUACCUUGGGGGAAAUUUCACGAAAAAUUCAUUAUAGCAAAUACUGAACAUGAUUUUGUAGGUGUAUUAUCAUGAUAAUGAAUGUAGAAUUCUACAUUAUUCUUUUACAAAUUAUGUAAUGUAGCUUUGAUAUACAGCUUCAUUUUUCUUCAGGUAUAGUGAACGACAGAAAAAAGUUCACCUACAAUAUUCCUUUAAAGCCAGUGGUCUGUGGCCCUUUAAGGUAAGGAAAAUAGAUUUUUUAAAAAUCAGAUUACCUCUUUAAUAGAAUCAUAGAGUUGGAAGAGACCACAAGGGCCAUCGAGUCCAACCCACUGCCAAGCAGGAAACACCAUCAGAGCACUCCUGACAUAUGGUUGUCAAGCCUCUGCUUAAAGACCUCCAAAGAAGGAGACUCCACCACACUCCUUGGCAGCAAAUUCCACUGUCGAACAGCUCUUACUGUCAGGAAGUUCUUCCUAAUGUUUAGGUGGAAUCUUCUUUCUUGUAGUUUGGAUCCAUUGCUCCGUGUCCGCUUCUCUGGAGCAGCAGAAAACAACCUUUCUCCCUCCUCUAUGUGACAUCCUUUUAUAUAUUUGAACAUGGCUAUCAUAUCACCCCUUAACCUCCUCUUCUCCAGGCUAAACAUGCCCAGCUCCCUUAGCCGUUCCUCAUAAGGCAUCGUUUCCAGGCCUUUGACCAUUUUGGUUGCCCUCCUCUGGACACGUUCCAGUUUGUCAGUGUCCUUCUUGAACUGUGGUGCCCAGAACUGGACACAGUACUCAAGGUGAAGUCUUUAACUGUGUACAUAGCGGGACUUCUUUUCUCCAGACACAGGUUCCUUAUGCUUUAUCUGUAACUAUUUCUGAAUACCAUCUAUGUUUAAAAACCAACUAUCCAAUAGUACACCAGGCAGGUAUGAGGAGAAAUCUCAGAAUCCUUACUUGAACCUUGGUUUGAUUUCUGGACACGGCAUUCAGGAGGAGGGUUGCCUAGCAGGCUCUAGAAUUCGGGUUUGCCUUCCUUUCUUGGAGGGGCACACUGCUAUGUCAUAUCAUUUGCUUGUACGUUCCACUCCACCACUGAAUGAGAAUACAGCCCUGUCCUUAAGUCAAACCUGGCUGCUGGAGUGUGGGACUUCUGUGGAUUGUGUUUGUGGAGUCACCCAAGCAGUCUAGGGAGUCCCAUGACACUGACCUACCUUUCCCACUCUGAAGUUACUUUUCCCCUUUAUUCUAUCCUUGUAAUUUUUAAAAUAAUUUUGAAGUUAAUUAUUCCAUGGCUCUUUGUGUUGAUCUUGUGUUUAUGGCUAUCAACAAGUCUGGCACUGUAAGUCCACCUUUACAGGUUAUUAAUGUAAUUAAAUCAUCUACCAAAAUGAAUUUGGUGUGCAGUACUGGUAGUAGCCAGCUAUGCUUAUCUUGUAGCUGUCAGGUCAAACAGCAAUUGGUGGGGGGGGGGGGGGGAGAUUCACUUUUGCUAGUGUUUGUUAGUACAAAACUUCUUACCAAAAUUUCUUCAGUUCUACAGAGAAUGGCAAGAAGUUUUGGAUCAAUCCAAGACCAAAAUGUUAAAGUAUUAAAAUCUGAAAGGUCUCAGUAACUUAUUUCCAAGCAGUCUUCAAAUAUACCAAUAUUAUUUUCUCACUUAUUCUAGUAAGACCUUAACUGAGGAAAGGAAGAAAGCAGAAAAUACAGCAAAGAAACCUGCCAAAAUCUUUGCACCACCUUUUAAAACAAAAGCAAAUGCUUCCGAGGAUAAACUAGGUAACAGCAAAGAAUCUGUCUUAAUGGACAACAAAAAUAUUAAUAGAAUGGAAGAGCUUCAUCUUACAAAAGUUAACCAGAGCACUACUGAAACAGAAGGCAAUAUCUUUGAAGAUAAUUCCAUGCAAAUAUCAGCUCUGAAUUCAGAAUCCAGAGGUACAAAUUCAGGUAUGUUUAGGUGUGUACACAUGUAUUUGUGAACAUUUGUUUAAUUACUAUGAUAAUUUAUUCACAAAUUGUUUCUGAUAAUGUUACCUUCUCUGUGACGUUUCACAUGUUGGAUCUGCACAGAUGCAGGCUAAAUUGCAGAGAUCUUUGGAGAUCAGUGUGAAGUACUCCUUUCUGUCCCCUCAGCUAAUAUUUUUAGAGAGGGACAGUAUCCAGUUCCUCUUUUGCUGCUGUAAGGUAAAGAGCUAUUACUAAAACCUGAUCCUCUCCAUAGAAAUGGAGGCCAAGGGGGAAGUUGAUAUUUGUAUCAACUUGUCAGCUUGCAAUGUGAUUUUUAAUAAUGUGCUGUUAUGGAAUACAGUUGAAGAUUUUGUCAUUAAACUUCAGUCUUAAAAAUCUGUCUUUAAUAACAGCGACGUUAAAUUUGGUGGCUCCAGUGUAGGAAUGGGGAACUUGUGGCAUUUCAGAUGUAGAUGGACUCCAACUGCAUUCGGCCCUAGCCAACUUGGCUAAUGGCCAGGAAUAUGGGAGUUGUAUGAUAAUAUCUGGAGGGGCCAAAUUCCACAUCCCUGCUUUAAUGCAAAAAUAAAGACAUGUGUGAUGGUCUAUCAGUAAAUAAUUAUUAGAUAUUGUUUAAUAAUUUUUUUCUUUAAAACUUUUAAAGAUACGCUUUGGAUUAACAUUUAUACAUGGAAAUGUCUAAAAAUACAAUACUAUCCUCCUGUGUAUGUUUGGAAUUUCUAUUUUAAAUUGAAAUACGUUCUUUAGGACUUGAUCAAUAUGUUUCUUUAACAGAUUUAACAAAAAUAAUAGCAAAUCUUCAAUAUGCAAGAAAUCUACAAGAAAUCAGAAUUAUAAAGAAACAAAGCCAGAGAAUUUGUCCACAACCAGGCAGCCUGUACCUUGUGAAAAUAUCUGCUCCUUGCAGAGUUCCUCUGAAAGCAGCGGUGGGAGAGAAAUUGCCUGGUUCUUUCUCCAGCGAUCAGGUACCUGCACUUUAUUGCCUGGUUGGAUUAUCCUAUCUUAGUAUGAUGACGUGCUGGCCUGGUUUGGACCUAAUGAUAAACAAUGGUUUUGCUUCUUAUCCAAACCCUAAACUGCAGUUCAUUUUAACUGGCUAGUUGAAACAAGCCAGCUUCAUGAAUUUACUUGUUUCAGCUGACCACAGUUAAGACUGACCAUAGUUUGUAAGCACUCAGACAUAACAAAUAAUUGAAAUUAGUGUAAAACAAAAACAAAACCUUCUCUUCCUGGCUAUGCUGGAAGACAAAGUGUCUGAGCCCAAAAUCCACUGUGACUCAUUCCCAUAAGGCAGUGGUAGCCAACGUAGUGCCCUCCAGAGGUUGUUGGAGUCCCAACACCCAUCAGCCCCAGCCAGCAUGCUCAGUGGUCAAGGAUAUUGGUAAUUGUCGUCCAACAUCUGGAGGACACAAGGUUGGUUAGCUUCCAUAAUGCAACCAUGGUUAUCAUUAGGUCUGAACAAGGCUGUUUUCCAGUCAUGAACCUGUUCCAUCAACAUGAUUUGGUCUAGAAUGCCAGAUAGAGCUUGGCCACAUAUAUUUAGUCUCUGCUGCCUUAAUAACUUAAAUCCUUACAAGAGAUCCUGAUCCUGCAAGAAGUUUAAUUUACUCAAUGUGCAAUUAUAAAGGUAAAGGUACCCCUGCCCGUGCGGGCCAGUCUUGACAGACUCUAGGGUUGUGCACUCAUCUCACUCUAGAGGCCAGGAGCCAGCACUGUCCGCAGGCACUUCCGGGUCACGUGGCCAGCGUGACAAAGCUGCUCUGGCAAACCGGCACCAGAGCAGCACACGGAACGCCGUUUACCUUCCCGCUAUAAAGCGGUACCUAUUUAUCUACUUGCACUUAAGGGUGCUUUCGAACUGCUAGGUGGGCAGGAGCUGGGACCGAACGACGGGAGCUCAACCCGCCGCGGGGAUUCGAGCCGCCGACCAUGCGAUCGGCAAGUCCUAGGCGCUGAGGUUUUACCCACAGCGCCACCCGCGUCCCUGUGUGCAAUUAUAUCUGUGCUCUAUUUCUUAAGUUAAAUGUUUUUUUGGUGCAAAUGAAGGUGUUGAAUUUAUUAUAAAUGCCCAUUGUAGUUUGAACAAAAUAAAAUAAAAUAAUUCCUUCCAGGACAGUAGCACCUUAGAGACCAACUAAGUUAGUUAUUGGUAUGAGCUUUCAUGUGCAUGCACACUUCUUCAGAUACACUAAUGAAAGCUCAUACCAAUAACUAACUUAGUUGGUCUCUUAGGUGCUACUGGAAGGAAUUAUUUUAUUUUAUUUCUUUAUUUUAUUUCUUUUAUUUUGUUUUGACUACUGCAGACCAACACGGCUACCUACCUGUAUUGUAGUUUGAGACCUGAUUAUAUUGUAUAUUGCCUUUCUCCCUGGACUUUCACAGGACUUUAAAUUGACCUGCUAAGACAGAGUAACUGAGCCCUUUACAUGAAGAACCCAUGUCUUAUUUAUUCUAGACUUCAUCUUGAAUUUCCACUUUAAGAAAGACAGAAAUUUCUAAGUAAUGUAUAUUGAUGUGUAAGUAAUGGGCAUAUUUAAUAACACUAAAAUAUUCAACUUGUCUCUUACCAUUGCAGUUGUAUGCAUUUGGCAUUUCCAAGCAGUGCCUAAAAAUAAGCAGCAGAAAUGCAGAAGAUUUUCAAUUUAUCAUCCAGGAUUUUUUCAGUAGAGAUUAUUUUCUAGAAGAACGUGGAAUACAACUGGCGGAUGGUGGAUAUCUUAUUCCAAAUGAUGAGGGAAAGGCAGGAAAAGAAGAAUUCUACAGGUAUCAUAGAAUAUUAGAGUUUGAAGGGACCCAAGGGUCAUCUAGUCCAACCUCCUGCAAUACUGGAAUCUCAGCUAAAACCUCAGCCUGUUGAAGUUUUGCAUGUUUAAAUAUUAAGUGCAUUAUUAUGAACCUCAAAUAAUGUCUUAGUGUUGAAGUACAUAAAUUUUUAUAUAUUGAGAUGAAAAAGAAAAUUUAAAGAAGCUGUUUUUGCGUAAUUCAUUAGUAAAUUAAACACCUGGGUACUCUGCUGUCCUCUGUAGAAAACUAUAAUUGAGAGAAUUUUGACAGUGCUGAUAUUUAGGAAUUUAAAUAAUAGAAUAUAUGUCAAAACUUAUGCAAUCUAGUUUUGAGUACAUUUUAACAAUAUGCCUUUUGAAAAUGUUUAUUUAAUCUCCUAGCAAAUGCUCCUUAUUCUCAGCCUCACUUGAAAAAGCAGCUCUGUUUAAUAAAUAAUAAAAGCAAUAAGUUAUUUCUGCAAGCUACCGUUUCUUUAAAAUAUUAAUUACCAGUGUAAGUUAAUCACAAAGCAUAUCCAGCAGGAAGAUUAUAAUUUUUUGUUGCUGUCUUCAUAAGUAAAUGUUUUUCCGAUCCAAAUCUUAAAUAGGAAAGCUGAUCCGAUUACAGUUGUGCACUUUUGAGUCUAGUCAAGCAUACAGUUUCCCAUUGAAAUGAAGGGAUAUAAAUAUGUUUAACUGUGGCUUGUUUGUAGCCGAUUAUAUUAGAGUGUUACUUAGCUAUUUUGCUGUUAUUUGUAAUGGGUCACCUCAAAACAGUCGUUUAAAAGCUUGAGUUGUUAUGGUAGUUGCUACUUUGAGGUACUAUUCUUACGACUUGAAAUGUCUUAACUUGAUGAAUUUUCUGAUAAUUUCCCACAGGGCUUUGUGUGAUACACCUGGCGUGGAUUCUAAGCUAAUUUCAAAGGCUUGGGUCUACAAUCAUUAUAAGUGGAUUGUGUGGAAACUAGCAGCUAUGGAAGUUGCAUUUCCACAGGAAUUCGCCAAUAAAUGUUUGACUCCGGAAAGACUACUACUUCAGCUAAAGUACAGGUAUAGUAUAGAUUAAGAUUUGGAAUGUGGUAAGCCAUGUGUCCCCCAUUUUAUAUUUGUGCAGCUGGUUCUUCCUGCCAAAAUGUAGAGCUUUACAUUUGUCCCUAUUGAAAUUCAUUUUGUUAGUUUGGGCUCAGUUCUCCAAUCUGUUAAGGUCAUGUUGAAUCCUGAUUCUGUCUUCAGAGGCUCCCCCUCCCAGUUUGGAGUCACUGCAAAUUUGAGGAGCAUCCCCUUAAUAAUACUUUCAUCCUAGUUUAUAAAGAACAACAACGGGUCCAGGACAGAACCUUGUGGCACCCCACUUGUAAAUUUAUCCCAGGUUGAUGAGAAACAGAGAGUACUCUUUGGGUUUGGUCAGUCUACCAGCUCCUAAUCCAGCUAACAGUAAUCUCAUCCAGUCCACAUUUUACCAGCUUCUCCACAAUAAUAUAAUGGAGGGCUUUGUCAAAUCAAGAUACACUAUGUCCACAGUAUUCCCCUGAUCCACCAAGUUUUUAACUCUUACCAAAAAAAGAAAGGAGAUUUGUCUGGCAUGACUCGUUUUUGAGAAAUACAUGCUGGGUCUUAGUUAUCAUGAUACUUCCCUAAAUGCUCACAGACCAAUUGUAUUUUCUUUUUCUUUUGAAAGGUAUGACAUGGAAGUUGACCAAAGUCAUCGCUCAGCCAUCAAAAGGAUAAUGGAAAGAGAUGAUGUUGCUGCUAAAACUCUCAUACUGUGCAUCACUAAAAUAAUAUCAUUGAACACAAAUGUGUCUCAGAUCCGUGGUGACAAAAGCACUGCUGAGGACAACAAAAAAGACAUAGCAGUGGUUGAAGUUACAGAUGGCUGGUAUGGAAUCAAGGCUGUCUUGGACCCUCCCCUCCAAUCACUAUUGUGUAGAAAGAGGCUGACUGUGGGCCAAAAGAUUGUUGUACAUGGAGCAGAACUUGUGGGUUCUCAGGAGGCAAGCACUCCACUGGAAGCGCCAGAAUCUCUUAUGCUGAAGGUAAAAUGGAUAUUUGUGGUACUCUUUUUUUAAAAAAAGACAGGGCCAGCUCCAACACCUAAAAUCUGAAAAACAAGUCCAAAAAGUUAGAGAGAUGGAAUUGGAACCAACAGAGAAUGUAUUUAUUACCUGUAAGCCACUAUUUGUUUCUGAAGCAAGUAGAAGCUUGAACUAUAAUUGCCUCUCUCAAAGUUGUUUUUUAAAGUUUGCCAUUACUGAACUUUUUAUCAUGGAUCACCUGCUAAACUGUCAUAAACAGCAUUUGAGAACCAGUGUUGCAGUGUUCAUUUGAUCUGUAUUUUUAUUGACCGGUUCAGCCAAAACUAACUUCAGGUCCACAAGUGUGUGGCAAAUGGUAGUACCUUAUAUAUGCUGCAUUAUAGCAAUCAUAUUUGUAGAUAUGUGAUAUUUUGUUUUAGAUUUCAGCUAACAGCACUCGACGCGCACGAUGGUAUGCCAAAUUAGGAUACCAUCGGGAUCCCCGGCCAUUCUCUUUGUCUUUGUCAUCACUCCUUAUUGAUGGUGGGACUGUUGGUUGCAUUGAUGUCAUUGUUCAAAGACUUUAUCCCAUACAGGUAAAGUACUGUAGCUUGCAAUAACUUUCAAGCACUUUCAACUAUUACUUUAAACCAGAUCUUAAGGCUUAAGUAGAUAAAAUCUAAAACUAAGUAACUAAUAUUCAUUUUCAAUGAAUAUUUAUUGCAGUGGAUGGAAAAAACAGCAGGUUCCUAUGUGUUUCGUAACUGUCGAGCUGAAGAAAGAGAAGCUGCAAAGCAUGCUGAGAAUCGACAAAAAACCCUGGAAGCAUUGCUUGCAAAAAUACAAGCUGAAUUUGAAAAGAAUGAAGGUAAAAUAAAAACAUUAGCUGUUUAAUUGUUGCCUCAGCUUGGGUUUCUAAACAGACUUUAAUUCAUACAAUAAUAUUCUGCAUUCUGCAUCUUGAACCCAAUCCAAAAGUGCACAUAGAAGCAGAGUUUCCACAUAUAGGGCUUGAUGGUGUACCAACAGUUCCAUACAGAAAAUUGAUUAGAUUCAGAAAUGCUCUAAUCUAUGGCCACAAAAGUAUUACUGCUGAAGUUCAGUGGUGGUCUGUCUGUGUCUGCCAUCGAAGAUUGGAAACUGGUGCAAAAUGUGAUUUUCAGCAUCCUGGUAGAGAUGAGUUUCAAAAAUUACAUGCCACAAGGCAGUUGGGGACAGGAAGUGGAAGGAAUAAGAAAAUGAACACAACCAAGUAGAAGGGGCACUGUAGAUUAGAGGACGGGCAAAUUGAGAAUAACAGCAGGAAUGGACCAGGCUCAGAAGUUUCUCUCACUAUGCAUUUUCUAGACUGAAAUUGUUUCCUCCCCACCUGCAAGCCAUGAAGCAGAAAAAAACCACGGACAUCUGUCUACAGCAUUAUUUUAUUUUAUUGCUGCAGUUGUGCUAAUAAAGUGGUAAAGGUAAAGGGAACCCUGACCAUUAGGUCCAGUCGUGACCAACUGGGGUUGCGGCGUUCAUCUCGCUUUAUUGGCUGAGGGAGACGGCGUACAGCUUCCGGGUCAUGUGGCCAGCAUGACUAAGCCGCUUCCUGCUAGAGUGGUACCUAUUUAUCUACUUGCACUUUGACGUGCUUUUGAACUGCUAGGUUGGCAGGAGCUGGGACCGAGCAACGGGAGCUCACCCCGUCGCAGGGAUUCAAACCGCCGACCUUCUGAUCGGCAAGUCCUAGGCUCUGUGGUUUAACCCACAGUGCCACCCGCGUCCCAAUACAGUGGUACCUCGGGUUAAGUACUUAAUUUGUUCCGGAGGUCCGUUCUUAACCUGAAACUGUUCUUAACCUGAAGCACCACUUUAGCUAAUGGGGCCUCCUGCUGCUGCCACGCCGCUGGAGCACAAUUUUUGUUCUCAUCCUGAAGCAAAGUUCUUAACCUGAGGUACUAUUUCUGGGUUAGCGGAGUCUGUAAGCUGAAGUGUAUGUAACCCGAGGUACCACUGUAGCAGCUUUGUGGCGUUUUUUUAGAUCCAGCAAAGAGCAGGAGAAAUGGUCCUACGCACCCACUGCCCCUUGCACUGCUGCUCCAGUCAAAAUUUUUGAAAGACAGCAGAUUAGAUCAUAGAGCUCUCAUGAUCUGGUUCUUAACAAAUAUCGGUCUCUUACAAGUAUGGUAGGGAAGACAUCAAUAAAAAAUAAAAUAAAAUUAGUGCUACUUUUUAUUCUCUGGAAACAAUUCAAAAGUAGCAUUUGAACUAUAAAUAUGCUUAGGUUCAACCUACCUUACAGACUGUUGUCACCGCUUCUGUGUCCCAUCACGAUUGCAAUGGUUCACCAGACUGCUUUUAAUGGUUUCAUCCUUUUGCCAGGGAUGUCUUCAUGUUGGAGGCUUGUCACUCAGACUAAACACAUUCCGGAAUUUGUAGACUUACCGUAUUUUUUGCUCUAUAAGACUCACUUUUCCCCUCCUUAAAAGUAAGGGGAAAUGUGUGUGCGUCUUAUGGAGCGAAUGCAGGAUGCACAGCUAUCCCAGGAGCCAGAACAGCAAGAGGGAUUGCGGCUUUCACUGCACAGUGAUCCCUCUUGCUGUUCUGGCUUCUGAGAUUCAGAAUAUUAUUUUUCUUGUUUUCCUCCUCCAAAAACUAGGUGCGUCUUGUGGUCUGGUGCGUCUUAUAGAGCGAAAAAUACGGUACCUGGGCUAAAUAUUCAGGGUGGUAAUUGAUCAUUUCAAAAUAAAAUGCCAGUCAAUCUUAGUACCUUUAAUGGAGUCUUUAGUAUUAUUCUUUAUAAUUGUUUUCUGGUGGUUAUAAACUCAUGCAAACUUUUAAAAAACUAGAUGGCGGCAAAAGAGUACUGCGAUCCCGCACGUUAACCAGGCAACAGAUUCGCUCUCUGCAAGAUGGGGCAGAACUUUACGAGGCAGUUCUUAACGCUGCUGAUCCAGCUUACCUGGAAGUAAGAAUGUUUCAAAUAACUUAACAUUAUUUCUACUCUUAUAUCAACUUACGAAGUUCUUCACAUUAAAUUAUGACUGAGUUCUAGAGCUGAUCAGUUUAUGUAAAUGUAAACUUGAAUGUAAAAUAAUUUGGGGUGCAUGUGGAAAUGGAUAUUUGAAAAUAGGGUAUAGAUAGCAUAGAUAUGAAUGUUAGUGCUUAGAUUACAUCUCUGCCCAUAUGCUGUUCUGGAGUUUGAUUGCAUGAUGGAAGGACAGGAGUGUGAGCAGGGAGCUGAGCAGAAUCUGAAAUGAAACUUGAGAUGUUUACAGAACACUUUGUAAGAUAAAAUGAAGGUAUUAUUUUGACGGAACUAUAAAGUAAGAAAAUAAGAGCCAGUUUACAGAACAAACUGUGGGUUUGUAGUGUGUGUAGUUCUAGUUGUUGGGGAAGCACUGACUGCUCUUUUGAUAUUACACCAGAAAGCAAAAAGGUCAAGUAUCACUUGUUUUGCUUCUUUUAAAUGUGAGGGGCAGUUCGUCGAAAUUCAGUGGCUGAGAUGGAAACUUCCUUUUCAUAUUUGUAAAUACGUUUCAGUAUAAUAAUAACAAUAAAUUUUGUUUAUAGAACCGAGACUUACAUCCUGUAUUUGCUAAUGGACAAAGCCAUAUUAUUGUUGUGAUUUUAGAGUUAUUUCAGUGAGGAGCAGUUAAAGGCCUUGAACAGUCACAGACAGAUGGUAAAUGAUAAAAAGCAAGCACAGAUAGAAGCCGAAUUCAGGAAGGCGGUGGAUUCUGCUGAGGAGGAAAACAGUUCCUGCAGAAGGGAUGUAACCGCAGUACUCAAGUUACGAAUUGUGGAUUACAGAAAAGAAGAAAGAGGAAAAGGUUAGUAAGGCCAGAGAUCCUCGUGAUUUAAACAUUAGAUUAUUCACACUGCAUGAUUAUCUGAAUUCACUGUAUGAAGACUUGAAUGAUGCCUUACUAGAGCCAAUUACCAAACUUUCAAAAAGGAGAGAAAUAGUAAUCAUGGGGGACUUCAGCUUCCCCGAUAUCUGUUGGGACUCAAACUCUGCCACGAGUGUAAGGUCUGACAAAUUCCUCCAUUGCAUCGCUGACAAUUUCAUUUCCCAGAAGGUGGAAGAACCAACAAGGGGGUCAUCUAUUUUGGACCUAGUUCUCACCAAUAGGGAGGAAAAUGAUUGAUGAAGUGCUCAGAAACUUGGGAGGAAGUGAUCAUGUUCUCCUGGGUUUCAGGAUACAGGGGCAAGGGAAAACUGAGUGUAGUUGGACAGGCACUCAGACUUUAAGAAGGCCAGUUUCAAAAAGCUGAAGGAGCUCCUGGGAGUGAUCCCAUGGUCAGAAAUACUCAGUGAGAAGGGACUCCAAGAAGGAUGGGAGUUUCUAAAAGGAGAAAUUUUGAAGGCCCAAAUGCAGACAAUACCAACAAGAAAGAAAAAUGGAAGGCAUCUAAGGAAACCAGCGUGGCUGCAUAAGCAGCUUCCAGAUUAGUUGAGAUUUAAGAAGGGCAUGUAUAAGAAAUGGAAGAAAGGGGAAAUCACAAAGGAGGAGUAUACCCAAGUAGCCAACAGUUGCAGUGGGAAAGUCAGAAUGAGCUCAGGCUUGCAAGAGAGGUUAGAAAUUUCUUCAGCUAUGUCCAAAGUAAGAGGAAGAACAAGCAAGUGGUAGGUCCUCUGCAUGGGGAACACGGAGAAAUGCUAUUGGGUGACAGAGAAAAAGGCAGAACUACUCAACACCUACUUUGCCUCUGCUUCACCCAAAAGGAAAGUGAUGCCCAACCUGUUGAUAACAGAUUAAAUGAUGUAAGGAGGGAGCUGCAGCCCAAGAUAGGAAAAGAGGUAGAAAGGGAACACCUAGCUACUUUAAAUGAAUUCAAGUCUCCAGGGCCUGAUUAGCUGCAUUCAAGGGUACUAAGGGAGUUUGUGGAUGUAACUUCAGAGCCUUUGUCUAUUUUCUUUGAGAAUUCUUGGAGAACAGGUGAGGUCCCUACAGACUGGAGGUGGGCAAAUGUUGUCCCCAUCUUCAAAAAGGGGGGAAAGGAAGAUCCAGGUAACUACUGACCAGUGAGCUUGACAUCAAUACCAGCGAAGGUCCUAGAACAGAUAAUUCAACAGUCGGUCUGUGAGCAUUUAGAAAAGGAUGUUGUGAUUACUAAGACCCAGCAUGGGUCCUGCAUGUCUUCUUUGGGUGGUCCAUCUUGCUGAUGAAGGGUAACAUAUUGUUUAAUUUUACAUCUUUAGAAGUAGUAUUGAAUAUCUGGCGCCCAUCAUCAGACAUUUUUACCCUCCUAAGGGAAGGAGGUCGGUAUAGAGUCUGCCAAUUAUCUGCAUCCCAAUCCAAAGGGAAGUUGGAGACUGCCAAUAUACAGUUAACAGCUACCAAGAAAACUCAGUAUCUGCAGUUGCCAGUAAGUAUUAUGGCCUGUCAUUGUGAAUUAACCUAAAAAUUUAAGCAACAUUAAUAAUAAUAAUAAUAAUAAUAAUAAUUUUUUAUUUAUACCCCGCCCUCCCCAGUCAAGGCCAGGCUCAGAGCGGCUUACAAGCAAUAAUAAAAACAAGAUGAAUGAUUACAACUUAAAAACAAAAAUAAAAUACAACAUUAAAAUAAUGGAACAUUAAAAUAUUAAAAUGUAGCCUCAUCGCAGGAGGAGAAGGAAAAGAAAAAGAAAGAGAGGGAGGGAGGGAAUCAAAUUGGCUCCAAGCCAAAGGCCAGGCGGAACAACUCUGUCUUACAGGCCCUGCGGAAAGAAAUCAGAUCCUGCAGGGCCCUGGUCUCAUGAGGCAGAGCGUUCCACCAGGCCAGAGCCAGAGUUGAAAAGGCCCUGGCUCUGGUUGAAGCCAAUCUAACUUCCUUAGGGCCUGGGACCACUAGGGUGUUGUUAUUUAUGGACAUUGAGGCUCUCCGUGGGGCAUACCAGGAGAGGCGGUCCCGUAGGUACGAGGGUCCUAGGCCGUGAAGGGCUUUAAAGGUCAAAAGCAGCACCUUAAAUCUGACCCUGUACUCCACCGGGAGCCAGUGCAGCUUGAAAAGCACUGGGUGAAUAUGCUCCCAUGGCAGAGACCCCGUGAGGAGCCUUGCUGCAGCAUUCUGUACCCGCUGGAGUUUCUGGGACAGCUUCAAGGGCAGCCCCGCGUAGAGCGAAUUACAGUAGUCAAGCCUGGAGAUGACCGUCGCAUGGAUCACUGUGGCCAGGUUGGGGCGGGAAAGGUAAGGGACCAACUGCUUGAUGCGGCGAAGGUGGAAAAAUGUCGCCUUGGCUGUUGCUGUAACUUGCGCCUCCAUGGAAAGGGAGGCGUCAAGGAUUACACCCAAACUCUUAACGGAAGGCAAUGGCACUAAUUGGGCCCCUGCAAGAGAAGGGAGUUGGUCCCUCAUCCCCAUGCCAUCCUGACCUAGCCAUAGGACCUCUGUCUUCGAAGGAUUUAGUUUCAAUCGGCUCCCACGAAACCAUCCAGCCACAGCUUCCAAGCAUCUGGUCAGUGUGUUCGGGGCUGAGUCGGUGUGGCCAUCCAUCAGCAGAUAGAGCUGAGUGUCAUCAGCAUAUUGGUGACAGCCCAGCCCAAAGCUCCGGAUAAUCUGGGCAAGGGGGCGCAUAAAGAUGUUAAAAAGCAUCGGGGAGAGAAUUGCGCCCUACGGCACUCCACACACCAAGGAGUGGUGCGAUGACAUUUCCCUCCCUAGUGCCACCCUCUGUCCCCGAUCAGAAAUAAAAGAGCACAACCAGUUAUGGGCUAUGCCCUGUAUCCCCACGUCUGCGAGGCGGUGGUCCAGAAGAUCAUGAUCGACCAUGUCAAAGGCUGCUGACAAAUCUAAAAGGAUCAGCAGUCCUGACCCGCCUCAAUCCAGUUGUCUACGGAGAUCAUCUGUUAGGGCAACCAGAGCCGUCUCCGUCCCAAAACCAGGACGGAAACCGGACUGAAAUGGAUCUAAUGCCAAUGUUUCCUCCAGAAACCUACCAAGCUGUUCAGCAACCGCUCUCUCAAUUACCUUACCCAGGUAUGGAAGAUUUGAAACUGGGCGGUAAUUUGAUAGGUCUAAGGGAUCUAAUGAAGUUUUCUUUAAGAGUGGACACACCACUGCUUCCUUCAGUUCCCCUGGGAAUGUCCCCGUGUCAAGGGACAAAUUGAUAAUUUCAACCAGGGGGGUCCGCGCAACAUCUGGACACUCCCUAAUCAGCCAAGACGGGCACGGAUCAAGGAGGCAGGUGGUGGGCUUACCAACUUGGAGGAAUCUAUCCACAUCAGUAGGGAGUAUCCGAUCGAAAUGGUCCAACACUGGACCUGAAGUCAGUCGAGGGGCCUCCAGUUCAGUCACUGUAUCUAAAUUGGCAGGGAGGUCACGGCGGAGCAACAGGACUUUCUCCGCAAAAAAGCUUGCGAAUGCCUCACAGCUGUGGGUCGAAUUUGUGCUUAAAUUCGGUUGUCUUCCUAAGGACGUUAUUGACCUAAUUAUUCUAAAAGGUUGUGCCGGGCUAGAGCUAGCGGAUGCAAUGGAAGCUGCAAAGUAAGAUUUCUUAGCAGCCUUCAUAGCCAUCUCAUAGGCUUUCAUAAGCGUCCUAUAAGAUGUUCUUGAGGCUCCGUCACGAGUCCGUCGCCAUACUCGCUCUAGCCGUCUGAGAUCCCGCUUCAUUUUCCGGAGCUCCUCAGUAAACCAAGGGGCCCGGUUUUGACGGGGUCGCAGAGGGCGCUUAGGCGCGAUCUCAUCAAUAGCUGCCAAGAGCCGGUUAUUCCAGUCCUCAACAAGGUCAUCUAAUGAGUCGCCAGGAGGAGCAGGGUUCCGCAAGGCUUGUCGGAAUCUAUCAGGAUCCAUCAGUUUUCGCGGACGAGCCCAAAUAGGUUCGCCACCCGAGCCGGGGAGGAGCGGGAAGUCAAUCUUGGCUUUCAGAACGUAGUGAUCAGACCAUGGCACUUCCACAGCGGGGAGCAUGAUCACAUCUAUGCCAGCCCCAAAGAUCAGAUCCAGCGUGUGGCCUGCUUGAUGAGUGGGGCCCAAAACAAACUGGGAGAGCCCUAGUGUUGCCAUGGAAGUCAGUAGGUCCAGAGCCUGUGAGGGAGCGGCAUUGGCAUGGAUGUUGAAGUCUCCCAAAACCAGUAGGUUUGAGAACUCCAAGGCCCAGCCCGCCACCACCUCCAGCAGGUCUGACAGGGUGGCUGCAGGUGUGCUGGGUGGUCGGUACACCAGCCAGACAGCCAAGCUCUCCUUGGUGCCCCACACGAGACCAACACAUUCAAUGCCGGAGAUCACCGGUGAUGGCAGAGCUCUGAAAGAGCAAUCCUCCCGGAAUAACAACGCUACUCCUCCCCCCCGACCCACAGUCCGCGAUUGAUGGAGGACAGAGAAACCUGGGGGUAUUAUCUCAUGUAGGGAGACUACUUCGCCUUCCUGUACCCAGGUCUCCGUCACGCAAGCCAGGUCAAUCCCCUGCGAGACAAAAAAGUCACGCAUGGUGGCGGUUUUGUUGCCUAUGGACCUGGCAUUGCACAGCACCAAUGACGGAGGUGUGUAAUCCUUGCUCUCCCUACCCUCAUCCCUUGGGAUGGGGCGUAGAUUGGAAGGGGUUUGAGGAUCACUGCAUCUCGAAACCCUUCGCCGAGAGAGAUAUCUAGCCCCAUCGCCAUUCCUCCCUAGCCCUUCAAUUGUGGAAAUCCCAGAUCCCAUACUAGCCUCCCCAAUAGAUGGGUAACAUCCCCUCAAUAACAAGUCAUCCUUGGGCCAGGACUCCUGGGUCAAAAUGGUAUGUGAAAGAGGUGGAGGUCUAAUAGGGUAAGAAUCCCUAGAAGAUAAAACCCAACCAACCGCACCCCAAGCGGGGGGGACAGUCCCUUGGUGUUUCAUUAACUGUCAAUCCCCCUCUCCCUCCUGGGUUAAUUGGAGGAUUGUUGGUUCUAUCUGUGGCUGUGGAAGUAUUAAUGAAUAAUAUUAAGUAAUAAAUGAAUAAUAAUGUCAUUGUUCAAAAUUCUUUAGGUGUCUCAAGAAACCCUGUCACAAGUUUACAGGCCAAGAGAGUGCCUGAGAUUCAGCAAGCUGUUGGAACCAUCUUUCCAUCCUACCUGUUCGGAAGUGGAUUUGGUGGGAUAUAUAGUUUCUCUAAGAAAAGGAACAGGUAUAUUAAGACUAGUGCACUGAUUUAUAAUGAGUUAAAAAGAAUCCUAUUUAAGUUACCAGUCUGAAUCCUUAUUAGGGUUUGUAAAGAAUUUUUAAAAUUGGAAUUUUACUGAAAUCAGAUUUACUGUUUACAUUUCAAUUAUAGUAUGGCUUUAGAAUCCUGUUUAUAAGCAUACCUAAAUGACUUGUUAAAGCCAAAACAUCUAAUCUCAAAAUGAAAUCAUGAACCGAAACCAGAGAAAAAUAUCUGGCUUUUCAGGUCAGGCAUUACAUACAAUACCAUAGGUUCUGUAUUCUGGAGUUCCUAUCAGACCCAAGCAUUGGCAAGUCAACACACGUACAAAGAUCCAGAAAGCAGCAACCUGGAUUUCAUCAGGAUAAUUUAGUGACCCCACUUGGAUGAUCUUGUACUUUCAUUUUUAUGCCUGUUACUAUUUGAAAUCUGCUAUUCUUUCGGUUCUCAAAUUCUGAAAAUGUAUGACUAUGCUUUUAUUUUUAAAUUAUAAUCUGUAAACAUUGCUCUGCCCAGCAACUAUGAGAAAUUUCUAGAAACUCUAGGUACUCAUCAUCUCAAUUAACCUCCUUGGAAACGGCGUUUCCAUGCGCUGCUCUGGUUCGCCAGAAGCGGCUUAGUCAUGCUGGCCACAUGACCUGGAAACUGUACGCUGGCUCCCUCGGCCAAUAAAGCGAGAUGAGCGCCGCAACCCCAGAGUCGGUCACGACUGGACCUAAUGGUCAGGGGUCCCUUUACCUUUAUGAGCAAAGAAAGGCAAACAGAAAUCAGUUAUUUCUAUACUGAGUUGCUUGGGUCAAUGUGGAUCUAAUUCUGUAGCAUAAAAGACUUGUAAGCUGAACAACAAAUGGCUUUUGAUUAUGUUCCUAAGCAGUAUGAAAAGUUCUGUUUAGUUGGAAACAAUGUUUUAAAAGUUAAAAGAACCAGUUAGUAUGUUCAAGAAUUAGGGCUGUUCUGUUUGCACAAGGAUUUCCACUUCUCCCCAACCCUCUGGAGCAGAUUUGGGGAGCACAGGGGCACACAAGGAGAGAUGAUGGAGAAGAAGUUCCAUUGCCCAAGUAGAAGUUCUUGCACAAAUGGGAAGACUUUGUGCAAUCCUCUGUGAACUACAUUAGGAGAAAUUGCUUUAAAUCGGUUUUUAAAUUUCCAAUUAUUUAAUGCAUUUUAAUUAGCUCACCUGAUUCUUGUACUGUGUCUUGAAACGCCGCUGGUCAGAUACACCUUGCUUAAUGCAUUCAUUCUAGUAGGCUACAGGCUUUUCCCAAUACAACGCUCAAAGUAUAUAAGCUAUUAUAUUCAAGUUCCCCAGAAUUACCUUUUGGGUUUUGUUAGGGUUAAAAUGUAAACUUUUUUAAAGGUUAGUAUUUUUAAUUUUAAAAGUGAAGUUAAUUUUUUUUGUUUCAUUUCUAACAUAGGUUUCUCUACACUGGUGUAUCUGUCAGAUGAGAAUCAUCAUUUCAUAGCAGUCCAGAUCUAUACAGAUCUUAAGCAGCUGGCUAUUGAUGACAUAAUUAUUCCUUCUAUGUUGAUCUCUGCAAUCAACCUUCAGUGGCGACCUGAAUUUAGAUCAGACAUCCCGACAUUAUUUGCUGGAGACCUUUCUGCAUUCUCCUCAAAUCCAAAAGAAAGUCAUCUCCAAGGAUUUUUUAAUGAACUGAGAAAUACUGUAGAGGUAUGUUGAUCUCACCUAUCCAAGGCACUGAAGGCAUGGGGCGGGGGAAUUAUGUUACCUUAUACACAUGGUAAAGGCUGGUUGCAACAAAAGACAUACUAAAGUAGCAUUUAAUGUUUUGACUUGUCUAGUCUCCAGUGGAAGACAAUUCAGUAUUUUGUGAAAGCUGUUUCUCUAGUUGCCCUAAUUAAAGGACAUUUGCUAUAGAAACACAGGUAAUAGCUUGGAACACUGUUUUAAUGUGUUCCUGACCACAAGCCUCUGUCCAGAAGUAGGAUACCAGCUGCACCCUCCAAAUAAGCUAUCAACUUCAUGAAAGGCAUUACACUAUUUCUAGGGCAGUAGUCGCCAAAACAUACAUAUUUUUUGAUAAGGGUUUUUGUCCAUACAAGAUGUCCAGCUUCCCCAAAGCACCCAUGUAGUGAAAUGCGCGAAGCUGCAGGUCAAAGAUGCAAGACCUGUUCAUGCACUAGUCAUGUGUUCAUUCUGUACAUGGAGAAGAGGUCUGCAUGAUUUGGUCUCCAGUCCAAUCUGCUGCUUAUAUAAACAACAAAAUGUGAAUGCCAGUAUUUUUGGCACUGGACAUAGGCAUUGCCUGUAACUAUACAUAUGAUCUAUGUAUAGGGUCAGUUUUCCCAAGUGAUCAAAUGUCAUUCGUUCAUUCAUUUUGUGUAUUGCCCUUCAUCUGAAGAUCUCAAGGGCAGUUCAUAGAAUAAACAUGAGAACAAAACCAGAAACACCCCCCAAAACACAUGUGAAAGCACAUCGUAUGUUGAUCAGCCAAAGGUCUAGUUGAAGAGAAGCGUUUUUGCCUGAGACCCAAAGAUGUUUAAUGAAGGUGCCACACAAAUCGGGCCUAGGGAGAGCAUUCCACAGAUGUGAAGGCACUGCAGAAAAGGCCCGUUCUCAUGUUGCCAGCUUCUGGACCUCUCCUGGAAGAGGCACAUGAAGAAGUCCUUGCAUGAUGAUCUCAGGGUCUGUGUCAGUUUAUAUGGGGAGAGGUGGUUCUUGAAGUAUUGCAGUCCUGAGUAUCUACAGCAUACCAUAUUCAUUAUGUUAAAAAUCAAUAGCAAAGUUUUUUUUAAAAAAAGUAAAAACUAUAUAUUUUUGUCCUGCAGAAUAGCAAAGAUGCACAAUGCAAACUGAUGAAUUUGCUACAAACAGAUGACCCACAAACAUUUAACUUGCCCCAAGAAUGUGGCUUGGAUCCCAUUUCUCAGAAAUCUGAUACAGGAAAUAAACAUUCCGUAAGUUUUUAUUAAUCUAUUAUGAUGAUUAUAUUUACCAGUAUAAUCAACUUAAAUAUCAGCCAGCAUAUUUAACCAUCUCAAGUAAGUACAAAUACCUCAAGGAUGGUGAUGGAGUAAUGAUUAGUUCAGAUGUCUUUGAAUGGCAGUAGUCACUGACAGAAUUUAAGCUUAGUUUUCUCUCCCCCCCCCCCCUUUUAAUUAGAUUGCAACUCCUAGCAGUGGACUAUGGCAUCAGAGUCCUUUGUCACUUGGGAAGCUAGAUUCAAAGCCACCGGUAUCUCUAGGGUCAGCAAAAACAACAGUGGAACUACAAGAAACCCCUAGGAACUGUAAGAAAAGAAGAGCAAUGGACCUGCUUAGUCGAGUACCUUCCCCACCACCAGUGAAGACCAACUGUAUAUUUAUUUCUCCAUCUCUGAAAAGGGCAUUUCAGCCCCCCCGAAGUUCCGGCACUCAACUUGAAAAGUCACUGAAAAGAACAGCAUGUUAUAAUAAAAAAUCUGCCCUGAGAGGGUCUAGUGAGACUGGUUCUCCUCUUGAAAAUAAUUUUGUUGCUGACGAGGAGCUUGCAAUGAUAAAUACACAAGCCCUCGUAAGUAGUUUUCCAGAAGAUACAGGUUAAUUUGGUGGGUACAAUUGUGUAUUCCAUACCCACGGCUCUUCCUGUCAGCCUUUUAGUAAGGAAUAAUUCCAAUAUUCUGGUAAAACAGAUAUAUUGCAGGACUGUAAGGAGAAUACUGAGGCUGCUACAAAGGAGACAAAUGGAACAAAUACUUCCAUUAGCUGUGCAGAUGAAAUUCCAAAGACAAAGGAAAGUACUUAUAAAUGUCCCUGUACAUUUAAAUAUUUAAGCAAUCUUUGUAAAUGUUAUAAGUGUUUUGUACAGGCUUGUCUGUGUAUUACUCAUUUCAAUUCAGAAUAAAGCUUAGUGUGAUUAUG